GUUUGGUUUAGCUAGUUUGCAGGCUGUCAAAUUCAAGUGAAUAGGCUGGGGCUUGACACUAAUUUGGCCAUAACAGCUCCGGCCUACAACUUCAAAGGAGGGACAUUUUCAUUAUACUUUACGUCGCCAAAUGAUAAAGUAAUGCAUCCCUGGUUUAGUCAGAACAGGGAGUUCCGCACUUUCACAAAUUGAUGCACAGAGGUGAUUGCUAGCUAGCUAACGUUACCCGCAAACUCCCUCCAUCUCGUCGGUGUUUCUGGUGCGGUCACAGCACCUCUGCUCUGUCUUUACAACUUCAAAACAGGUCUCGCAGAUUUAGGUAAGUCACAGUGGUUUGUGCCUGUAAGAAAUCUCUCUGAUUGUCUACCAAACUAGUCUGUUAGCAUUGCUGAUUAGCUAUACUCAGCGGGGGCUUAGCGAUGAGGAUAGGCCGUGGGGCAGUGUAAGGCCUGCCAAAGCUAUGGGGCCAAGGCCCACAACGACGCAGCUGUUUGUUUAUUUUGGUUUUAAUAUUAUUGCCACGGGAGGAUUUAAGCUAAUUAGCAAGCUACCAUAGCCAGCCAGCUAGUUAACGUUGUUGAAAACAUUCUUGUUCGUCACUUCGUGAUCAUCAAAAGUUUUCCUUGCUCCUUACAUUUUAAGUAACCCUGGCUCUGUCAUUGACUUAGUUGGACGAUGUCUACAGUAACUAGCUAGUUCGGCGUGCUAGCUUGUUAACUAUUUUACGUAACUAGCAUUAGCUAGCUAAGAUUACCAACUAACUACUUCAUUGCUAGCUAACAUUGCUAAAACGAUAAACUAACUAGCUAACUACACUGUAUUGUAACGUUGCUACUUGCUAGCUAGCUACAAAACAACAACACGUAACGUUAGCUAGCUAGCUUACGUUGGCUUGGGACCUAGCUGGUUUGGGCGUAGGGAAAGCGCAAAAUAGCAAGCGGGGGGAUUUUGUUUCGCUAUCUGGGUAGCUAACGUUAACUAUUUGCAGUGCUGACUUUAUUGUAUGUGUUGAACUCACACAAUCAAUGCCCAACACCUACAAAUAGGUUAUUUAGCUAGCAGCUAACGUUAGUUCUUCAUUGAUGGUUGUUUCUAACUAGGUGGUGAGCCAAAUAUGUAUCUACACUACAGUACUCACCUAUUUUUAGAGCAGAGAGUGUGCAACGUAUGAGAGCAGCCCAAGGUGCUAGCUAAUAUUUUUGCCAUAAAAGGAUUGUAGCAAUGUCAUGUUCUUCGAAAUCAUCCAUAUCUUAACUAAUUAUAUUUGGCGAAUAUUUUGGUGUUUAUUUAGUAAACAUGUAGCCGAAUUUAGCAGUAUAACAAGUGAACAUAUUAUAUUAUCCUUUGUUUUUUUUAUGUUUUUGAAGGUUUUAAGAGAUACAAUGGGGGCGUUUUUGGACAAGCCAAAGAUGGAGAAGCACAAUGCUCAUGGUGAGGGGAACAGUCUGACCUAUGGCCUGAGCAGCAUGCAGGGCUGGAGGGUGGAGAUGGAGGAUGCGCACACGGCAGUCAUUGGCCUGCCUCAUGGGCUCGACCCUUGGUCCUUCUUUGCUGUCUAUGAUGGGCAUGCUGGCUCCCAGGUGGCCAAAUACUGCUGUGAGCACCUGCUGGAGCACAUCACCAGCAACCCAGACUUCCAGAGCUCUCUGGAGCCCAACGUAGAGAGUGUGAAGACCGGCAUCCGCACAGGUUUCCUGCAGAUUGAUGAGCACAUGCGGAACAUCUCAGAGAAGAAGCACGGUGUGGACCGCAGUGGCUCAACUGCUGUGGGGGUCAUGAUUUCCCCGGGCCACAUCUACUUCAUCAACUGUGGAGACUCCCGGGGUCUUCUGAGCCGUGGAGGAGCUGUGCACUUCUUCACACAGGACCACAAGCCCAGCAACCCACUGGAGAAGGAGAGGAUUCAGAACGCCGGAGGCUCUGUCAUGAUCCAGAGAGUAAACGGCUCUCUGGCUGUGUCCCGUGCCCUGGGAGACUUCGACUACAAGUGUGUGCAUGGCAAGGGCCCCACGGAGCAGCUGGUUUCACCAGAGCCUGAGGUGUAUGCCAUUGAAAGGUCUGCGGUGGAAGAUGAGUUUAUUGUCCUAGCCUGCGAUGGCAUCUGGGAUGUUAUGGCCAAUGAAGAACUGUGUGACUUUGUCAGGUCCAGGCUAGAGGUGACCGAUGACCUUGAGAGAGUCUGCAAUGAAAUUGUUGACACUUGCUUAUACAAGGUGAGACCUGUCAAUUUAUUGUUCACAGAAUCAGUAACAGUUAAGCAUUUGCAUGUACCUGGAUCUUACCACGCAGAUGUAGAGUGUGCAGUUUUCAUUUUUCACAGCAUUUUGUCACAUGAGUAGGCGUCAUAAUCCCUUGUAGCUCAGUUGGUGGAGCAUGGCACUUGUAACGCCAGGGUUGUGGGUUCAAUUCCCACGGGGGACCAGUAUGAAAAUGUAUGCACUCACUACUGUAAGUCGCUCUGGAUAAGGGCGUCUGCUAAAUGACUAAAAUGUUUUAAAAAAUGGAUGCCUUUGGAUUACUUGAAUAUGCAAAAGAAAAUGUAAAUCCUUUCCUUUUUAAGUCUGUCUGUAUUGCGCUCUCUCUCUCUUUGAACAGGGGAGUCGGGACAAUAUGAGCGUUGUGCUGAUCUGCCUCCCAGGGGCUCCAAAGGUGACUGCAGAUGCCGUGAAAAGGGAAGCGGAGCUGGAUAAGUACCUGGAGAGCAGAGUAGAAGGUGCAGCAUCUAAAUAUGCCGUAUAGAAACCUAGAUAAUAUAAGAAUCUUGUCAUGAAUAUGAUGUGGUUCAAGCUCACUUCACCCAUUGUGAUAUUGUUUUCCACUCAUAGAGAAUGUGGUUCUACUAUUCCCACAGAGAUCAUAAAGAAGCAGGGAAACGAAGGGGUUCCAGACUUGGUCCACGUAAUGCGGACGUUAGCAUCAGAGAGCAUCCCUAACCUCCCUCGUGGUGGUGAGCUGGCCAGCAAGUGAGUGAGCUCUUUUAACUGGACCUCAGCCAACUCCAAAGUUUUUGAGGUCGAUUAAGUACUAGGGAAAUGGUAGCAUGCUUUGCAGGGUAAGGUUUAAUGACUUUUCACCAAAGUGGUUUUGAUAGUUUGGACUAGCGUGGAAGUUUCGGCUGUUAGUUGGGCUAAUUGAAUUUUGCCCUUCAAUUCCAGCCUUGUAUGCUCAGCAUUUAGCUCUGCUGUAUAAACUGUGUUUUGUUUUUAUUGGGCUUAUAUACAUUGGUGUUGUUAUUGCUUGCAAAGCUAAACCUUUAUGGUAACUUAACUUUUUUGUGUCCUAGACGAAAUGUUGUUGAAGCAGUGUACAACAAACUCAACCCAUACCGAAGUGACGACACAGUAAGUAUCUCCUGACGACUGCUAUCCACUCACAAAAGCUUGUUUAUUUGAAUGUAUAUGAAUGUAGAUACUUGUUUGUAUCAAAUAGUGUGUUUGUGCACAUUGGUUUGUAUUUCGAGGGCAAAAUACAAUUACAUUAAUAUUUUUGUGUUCGUUUUCAACUCAAUUUGUAACGUUCAACAUAUCAAUAACUUUUAUCUGAUUUUAAAGAUGAAUCAAGGGGAGGCAAUAUAUGGAUUUCUGAAUGUUUCAGUUUAUUGUAGCACUCACCUUUUGAGUAUCAGCCUUGUUUGUAAUUCACUUUCGAUUUGCUCUGUAAUCCACUUUACUCGUUACCAUAACAUCCCAGAAUUAAUUGAGUUCUUCCCACAGUUCAGUUGUUUCAUGAUGGGUAUGGUUUAGUUUACUCCUGAAUUGACACAGCAGCCAAUAUCACAGAACAGUUAACACAUCUAGGCUGUGUUUACACAGGCAGCCCAAUUUUGAUCUUUUGCCACUAAUUGGUAUUUUGACCAAUCAGAUUAGAUAUUUUGCCAAUGAUUGGGCAAAAUAAUAGAAUUGAGCUGCCUGUGUAAACACAGCCUAUGUGUUGCCCAUAGGGAAAGUCUCUUGGGCCAUACUUGCGAACAUUAGAAACAGUUUAACGUUAAACUGUUUGUGUGAAAAUGCGCAUCGGCCAAUUAAAAUAGUCCAUUUACUUGUACGUGAUAGAACGCAACAUUGUAGCUGGUCCCAUCAGAUAACCUGGCACAGGUUAGCCCUAUGCUAACCUCACCAGCUGACAGUGAUUAUUUCCUGUAACAAAUUCCGCAUCAGCCUAUCAAAGAACUUAAACUUUAUCCACUAACCAAUGGCAUUUCUUAAAAUAGGUCAACCAUGGCCACCAGAGGGAUAUUUUUAACUUACAAAUGUAAUGUUUAAUUUUGUUCUGUUAAUCUGUAACAAAUGUUGUGUGCCAAUAUUGCAUUGAUGCAUCUGUGACUAAGCUACUAGUACCAACGUUAGACAAAAUGUUCACGUUUUCGCAUGUAUGACAAAACGUUUUUGCUUAUCUGUUUCACACACAUCCAUAUGCUUUUACGGAAAAAAUAUAAAUGAUGCCUUUAUAACAUGUACGUUUAUUGUACAUUUUUAAAAAAUGACGACGAGCCUAAUUCAAAUUAACCAUAAGCACUCUGUUAUGUUGCGGCGGAUGUCAUUCAUUUAAGUGGGAACCGUCCAAAACAGAUGAAUUCGCAACGACCUCUUGCGGUUGAAGGCUUUGCGAGACAUACGCCACAUACUUUUAAUUUUUUUAACUCUGCGCCAGCUAGAUUCCGUCGAAGAACAAGAAGUUACCAAACCACAGAAGAUGAAAAUUUGGUUUUCAACGAUGGGUUUAUGGGAUAUCUAGCAACUUGUAAACAAUUAUCCAUUCCUGUAAGUGAGUACUAUUUUAAUAGUAUGUUAAACAAUACACAUUGGCUGUUAAACCAAUUAUACUUUGACUGGAAGUUUAUGGGUAUUUACUAGCAUGCUUGCAAAUACCCAUAAACUUCCAGUCAAAGUAUAAUUGGCAUCUACUAGCAUGCUUGCAAAUACCCAUAAACUUCCAGUCAUUGCGCUAACGCUAGUUAUCAUUGGCUCGCAUAACUACCUCUAACUUCCUUCAUACUGGACACAAACAUAAAAAUGGUAUCCACUAGUUCAUCUGACUCUGGGGAAGUAGAUAAAAUACCGAAGUAUCCCUAUAAGUCAUCUUGCAAGAUAUUGAUUUGGCUUUGAUGUAAACUUCAUUAAUCAAGCACCAUUCUGAGAGGUGGCAAAGUGUGGCUCCGGUGCGCUCCGGCAGCUCUAUACCCCUGUAUAGCAGUAGCCUAUGUGUGACUCUGUAAGAGGGACUCCAAGAAGCUCCUCAUGAAAUAUAUUUGUAAUCUUAAUUUACAAGGUUUUGGCUACACCUUUCGCAACACACUAGUACAAUAAACGUAAUUAAUUCAACAUUUCCCAAAGGAAAAAAACAAUCUCACCUGUGAUUCGAACAUACCACGAAAAAAAUACUGACUCGCAAUACUGUGAGCUAUAUGUCCAAUUGAACUUUCGUGCAUAUUUUAGUAAUUUUGAUUAGCAGAUGGUGCCAUGUGACUUCUGUUCACCUGUGAAAUUGUAGAUUUCCGCCUAAAAGGGCCAUAAACAAUACCUAGUGACGCUUAUACUGCCAGAAAGAUUAAAAUCUCACCUUUCUGGUAUUUAAAAUUUUUUAUUGCUGAGGUGUAGUCACUUUUGAGGACAUAAAGUGCAUUCGGAAAGUAUUCAGACCCUUUGACUUUUUCCACAUUUUGUUUUGUUAGCCUUAUUUAAAAAUUGAUUUAAAUGUUUUCCUCAUCAAUCAACACAUAAUACCCCAUAAUGACAAAGCGAAAACAGGUUUUUAGACAUUUUUGCCAAUUUAUUAAAAAUAAACGGAUACCUUAUUUAAAUAAGUAUUCAGACCCUUUGCUAUGAGACUCAAAAUUGAGCUCAGGUGCAUCCUGUUUCCAUUUAUCAUCCUUGAGAUGUUUCUACAACUUGAUUGGAGUCCACCUGUGGUAAAUUCAAUUGAUUGGACAUGAUUUGGAAAGGGUCACACCUGUCUAUAUAAGAUUCCACUAUUGACAGUGCAUGUCAGAGCAAAAACGAAGCCAUGAAGUCAAAGGAAUUGCGUAGAGCUCCAAGACAGGAUUGUGUCGAGGCACAGAUCUGGGGAAGGGUACCAAAGCAUUUCUGCAGCAUUGAAGGUCCCCAAGAACACAGUGGCCUCCAUCAUUCUUAAAUGGAAGAAGUUUGGAACCACCAAGACUCUUGCUAGAGCUGGCCGCCUGGCCAAACUGAGCAAUCGGGGGAGGAGGGCCUUGGUCAGGAAGGUGACCAAGAACCCAAUGGUCACUCUGACAUAGCUCCAGAGUUCCUCUGGGGAGAUGGGAGAACCUUCCAGAAGGACAACCAUCUCUGCAGCACUCCACCAAUCAGGCCUUUAUGGCAGAGUGGCCAGACGGAAGCCACUCCUCAGUAAAAGACACAUGACAGCCCGCUUGGAGUUUGCCAAAAGGCACCUAAAGGAGUCUGACCAUGAGAAACAACAUUCUCUGGUCUGAUGAAACCAAGAUUGAACUCUUUGGCCUGAAUGCCAAGCGUCACAUCUGGAGGAAACCUGGUACCAUCCCUACGGUGAAGCAUGGUGGUGGCAGCAUCAUGCUGUAGGGAUGUUUUUCAGCGACAGGGACUGGGAGACUAGUCAGGUUCGAGGGAAAGAUGAACAGAGCAAAGUACAGAGAGAUCCUUGAUGAUAACCUGCUCCAGAGCACUCAGGACCUCAGACUGCGGCGAAGGUUCACCUUCUAACAGGACAACGACCCCAAGACAAUGCAGGAGUGGCUUCGGGACAAGUCUCUGAAUGUCCUUGAGUGGCCCAGCCAGAGCCCAGACUUAAACCUGAUCGAACAUCUCUGGAGAGACCUAAAAAUAGCUGUGCAGCGACGCUCCCCAUCCAACCUGACAGAGCUUGAGAGGAUCUGCAGCGAAGAAUGGGAGAAACUCACCAAAUACAGUUGUGACAAGCUUAUAGCAUCAUACCCAAGAAGACUCGAGGCUGUAAUCGCUGCCGAAGGUGCUUUAACAAAGUACUGAGUAAAGGGUCUGAAUAUUUAUGUAAAUGUGAUUAUUUCAGUAUUUUUAUUUUCUGUAAAUUUGCAAAAAUGUCUAACAAUCUGUUUUCGUGUUGUCAUUAUGGGGUAUUGUGUGUAGAUUGAUGACAGGGAAAAAAACAAUUAAAUCCAUUUUAGAAUAAGGCUGUCACGUAACAAAAUGUGGAAAAAGUCAAUGGGUCUGAAUACUUUACGAAUGCACUGUAAGCUCAAGUAUAAUAAACAUAUGAAAAAUCAUGAUCUUUUUUCUUCCUAUUCAACAAAAGUGUGGGAAUAGGGCUUGAAAUGAUUGAAAUGCUUUCUAAGUAUAGUACAAAUCAAAUGAUAGUAUUUAACCUUUAACUGUAAAAUAAAUAUUAUCAUACUUAGUGACAAUACAAAAUUGGUACCAUUUCAUAUAAAUGACAGAGCAUUUUCUGCCCAGCAUCCUCUGAGCGUCACGCAGAAGCCAUUCAAAUGCCUGCUGACUUGUUACAACUUAAGCUGUAAGAAUGGGGUGAUUUCAUCUUGUUUCAAUUCUACAAAAUGAUUUUGCAUCCAUCCAUCUGAUAAUAUCACAGCGAGAUUAGACUGUUCGCUGCAAUCGCUAGUCUCCCAUUUCAUAUGCCAUAUUGUAAGCGGAGCUGGGAAUUUCACAGAUGGGAGUUCGAUCCUUUGUCUGGAUAAGCCAGAAAAUGUGACAUGUCGCCCCUUUUGCAAAUGUGUCAGAUUUUACAUACUGCAUCUCGGAUGAGAGCGGAGAACGGCAUGCGAAGCGGGACAACCAGAUAUGUCACGUAGUGCACAGCAAUUGAUGUUGCGCCAUUGACAGAGCACUCUAUACACAAAAAUGUUGGUUGGAACCGGUUCAGAACCGCUCAGUCCCCUAAAUAGGGGACUUAACUUUUAGGACGCUCUCAAGAAAAAGUGAUGUCAACAUUUGUAAUUGGCUGAUACAGAAUUUGUUAAAGGAAAUAAUCACGUCCAGCUGGUGUUGUUAGCAUAGGGAUAAGUAUGCCAGGUUGGCUGAUGGGGAUUUUGAGAUGGAGAAACAAUUUACAUUUAGAAACAGUUUAAUGUUUGCAAGUAUAGCCCCCCAGUGUUUGAAGGCCAAAGAUGCUUUCUGAUAUAUGCGUGCAGGGCAAUCUUAGACCCUUAUUUAGGCUGCAAUUAUUUGAUAUCAAUCUUGUGUACUUGCUCCCUAAAGUUCCGUCAAUGGGGAUAAUAUUCAAGAUUCUUCAAACGGGAGGAUCUUACAAAUGGUUUAACAAGCAAUAUAUUCAUUGAAGCAAUCAUUCAUAACAACCAUUCAUAAAGCAGUCAUUCAUAUCCAAACAUUCUCAUGAUGACGUGAAUGAGAUGUUGUGCCUCUUUAUUCUGACAUGGCUUUCUAGGAAGGAAACGGGAAUUUUUAUCACAGAAAAUAUAAGGGUGCUAUUCAAACAAACCAGGAAUAAAAUGCUUUUCCUAAUCUGUGAAAAUGUAUUUUUCUGGAUUAGGAAUAGCAUCAUUUGGGUUUGUUUGAUCAGCCUAAAAUUACGUUGGAGCAGAAUUACUAUCAAAUGGCAUAUGACAAAUAUAAUCAGCUUAUUUUACAGUCCAGAACUGGAAAAAAUGUAAUUGGUUAAAGUGAAGACUUCAAUAUAUUGCUGUUAAUACCAGGGAUCUCAAUCUCAAUUGCCGGAAAGCUCUGCUCACUUAUCCGUACUCUUUCUUGAACAAUUUCUUGGACAUUUAUUCCUGUCCAAGUUCGUAACUAGAGUGUAGGACAAAAUUAACCUCUUGGGUGGAAAGAUCAGCCCUCUUGCACAUCUCCAGGAGUUGAAAUCGAGACCCCUUGGAUGUAGACCCAGUGUCUGAAGGGUUUUUCCUUCCUUCCCUUCUUCAAGGACUCAGCGUCCACAGACGACAUGUGGUAACACAACCUCUACCAUUAACACAGCACAGAGUUUACAAACCGCUACCCACUCAAGACCCACAGCAGCUCCGUUCAGAAGUCUGUCUCCCCACCACUCCGAGCGUUCAAUUUUUAAGAAGGGAAUAUGAUGGGAGGAGGAGGAAGAGACGCAAACACACCUCUACACCCCGGAUAGUGCAGCACCAGUCUACUCUGGAGUUCAGGAUUCCCUCCAUUUUGUCUCACCUUUUAUUUUCAUCCAGCUCCCCCUUAACCAUAACUAGCGAGUCCAGCAGGUUGUUAAAAAAAAAAGAAAUCAGCUGAAACAAUAGUUUUUUUUGCUGUAAUUUGAGUCACAUUUCCUUGUGUGUUUUGUAUAUUUCUGAUUUUGUGAAGUGCAAUUGUCCUGU